AUGUCUGAUGAGAACUGGGACUCCGCCUCCGAGCUAGGGUGGGGAAGCUCAUCCAACGUCUCCGUCUCCACAAGGGCCACCACUGUUGUGAGUGAGAGUGAGGAUGACUACUCCAAGACACCUACCCGGUCUCGAUCCAUUGUGCGCCAGGCAGGUACCCUCUCACGACAACAGUCUCGCCCUGGUGAGAAGAGAGUCGAGUUUGAGACAGACAGCCAGCUUGAGAGAACAUCUGGACGGCAGGUUGAGCGCCAGCAGGAGAGGCCCAAGGAACGAUCACGAAGCCGUGGUAGAACCUUCCAUAUUCACAUUGAGCCUACUGCCCAACAACAGCAGCCUCUUAUCCCACAGCAGCAGCAACAGCAGGUUGUUUCCCAACAGCCCCAGACAACACAGCAGACCAUCACUCAACAGCCUACUGCCCAGAAUGGUGCUGUUAUUCAUGCUACCACGACGACUACUUCGUCAUCAUCUACCUACACUCAGCAUCCUGCUGGGAUGACCCAACAGCCUCUCAUCCCGGCCCAACAGCCUCUCAUUCCUCAACAACCCAUCAUGUACACUGGUCAACCCAUCACCCCUCCCAUCGUUCAGCCCGUGGUGCAGCAACCCUUCCAGCAGCCUCUCAUUCCACAGCAACCGCAGAUUGUUCCCACACCCCAGCGCAUCCCAGAGGAGCGUCAACUUCCCCAGCCCGAGCGUCCUCCGUCUCGACCGAGGGCUCGUUCACGCCACGAUGUGGAAGAGACUAUGUCUGCUGAGCUCGACAACCUCCGCAAGGAGCUGAAGAUGCUCAAGGAGAAGCAGAAGGAGACACACAAGGAUCUCAGCGACGCUCGCUACAGACUCUCCAACAUGCAGACCGACAAGGAUGAGCUUCGAGAGGAGAGGAACAAGGCCCAGGCCACACGGGACCGACUUGUUACCGAGUUCGAGGAGCAGACCCGUCUGCUUGAGAGAACAAGGACAAGGCUUGAUGAACAGCGCCGAACCCUGGAGCGAUUCGAGAAGGAUCGUGAUACCUCAAUUGACAAGGUCAAGAGAGAUCGCGAUCAGGUGCUCGACAGGUUCAGGCACGAGCGUGACCAAGCCAUCAAGAAUGUCGACAAGAUCAAGCGAGAACGCGACCAGGCUGUGGAGCAGGCUCAGAGGGAUCUUGAUCACGGCAUCUCCAAGUCCAAGAAGGAGCGCGACCAAGAGUUGCAGCGACUUCAGCGCGAGCGCGACGAGAUGGUCAACCGCAUCAAGCGUGAGCGUGACUCUGUCGUCGACAAGCUCCAGAGGGAACGUGACUUCACUGCUGAGAAGGCCAAGAACGACCUCGACGCGGCCAUCACAAAGUCCAAGAAGGAGCGUGACUCGGCUAUUGCCAAGCUCCAGAAGGAACGCGAUCAAGCCAUUGAGCAGGUCAAGAGGGAGAAGGAUCAGAUCAUCAACCAGGCUCAGAAGGAGCGCGACAUGAUCGUCUCCAAGCUUACCAUUGAGCGCGAUGAGCUGAUCAAGACCGAGACCGCCUUCAGCAACCGAGUCAAGGAGCUUGAGGAGCAUCUCACCAAGCACCGCGAGCUCAAGGCUGCUCUUGAGAGGAACUACGAGGACCUCAAGAAGAACAGCCUCGAGGCGACCCAGGCCAACACCAAGUUCGAGGCCAAGGCUAUCAACUUAGAGCGUGAGCUUGAGGACAUCAAGGCUAUCCGCAAGUCCCAGGAGACAGCCUAUGUUGCUCGCAUCGCCACCAUGGAGAUCUCCCAGGAGUCCAUGCAGUUCCGUGUCAACAACAUGGAGCAGGACCUCGUCGACAAGGCCAAGGAGCUGGGCGAGAUGACUGCGUCUCGCGACCGUUUCCAGAUGGAAAGCGAGAACUCCAAGAACCAGGUCGAGUAUCUCAGCAAGGACAAGCUCGGCCUCGAGGAAGACAAGAAGAACCUUCAGCAGCAGAUCGCUGAUCUCACAGGCGACAAGUCCAGACUCCAGGAUCAGCUCACAGGGCUCGAGACCGACAAGAGGGCGCUCGAGGUGCAAGUUGUGACUCUGCAGGCAACUAUCGACGAUCUGCUCAAGGACAAGGAAGCCUGGGCCAAGGACACUGAGAGCAAGGAGGCUCAAAUCGCUGGCCUGGACACUGAGAACGGAGCUCUGAAGUCACAGAUCGAGUCCAUCAGCAAGGAGAAGGAGGCCGUCACCAGAGACAUGGAGGAGGUCGAGAGCAAGAGGAAGAAGCUCAAGAAGAAGUACGAGCAGCUUCAUGGCGAGAGAGAUGGAUUGAGGGACCAGAUGAGGGGAAUGAUCCACACUCAGGACGAUCAGAGCGCCCAGGUACUGAGACUGUCUGUGGAGGUCUCAGGCUUGAGAUCUGAGAACAUGGCCCUGAGAUCUGAGGCUGGCAGCGUUGUAUCAAGCGCCAUGUCGUCGAUCUCUAGCUCUCUGCCCAGCGUCAGCGACGUGACCAGUGUGACAUCGGAAGCAACGGAGAAGGCUGAGCCUGCGAACCCACCAGAGCCUGCUUCGGUUGAAGAUGUGCCUGAGACUAUCGUCGAGGAAGUCAUCAUUGUCGAGGAGGAGAUUACGGUACCUGAGCCAGAGGCUCCUCCUGCUGAGGCUGCUCCCGAACCUGAGAUUGAAGCCCCACCUGCACCUGAGCCCGAGCCCGAAGCACCUGUCGAGGUGAAGGUCGCGGAUCCAACUCCUGAGCCAGCUGCUCCAGCACCAGCCUCUGAUGAGCCUGCUCCAACUCUCGAAGAGCAGAACACUGAGCUCAAGCAGAAGCUCACUACCGUCGAAGAAGCUGUUGCUGACAUGAACACCAAGCACGACGAUCUCACUAUCAAGUUCGAGGCUACGGCUGAGAAUGCAGGUCGUCUUCAGCUCAGCGUGGACAUGCUUACCGCCGAGCGUGAUGAGAUUACUCAGAAGCUCACCACACUGCAGGAAGAGGCUACUGCCCUCCAGCAGAAGGCCGAUGAGGUCACUACUGACCGCGACGAUCUCAAGACGAGGCUCACUGCCGCUGAGGAGCAGAUCGCCAUUCUCAUCGCCGAGCGGGACGAGCUGAACAAGAAGCUCGAGACUGCUGAGCGCGAGGCUGUGAUUCUCGACGCACUGAGGAUUGAGAACAACAACCUCAUGAAGAAACUUGACGACGCUAAGAAGGCUCAGAAGACUGCCGCAUCCAAGGUGAACUCUCUCGAGACUCAAAUCGCCGCACUGGUAGCUCAGAUCAACAACGGUGGCGGCGGCACCGCUCCCAGAGCGAGUUCCAAGGGAAGGAAGUCUAUCAAGGAUCCCAAGCGAGCACAGGAGCUUGUCAUCGUGAGGGAUCCUCGGGAAAAGGGACUAAGCUCUAUUGUACGAAGACGAAAUCUUGAUUCCGCAAUUUCAAGGUCAGGCUCUCGGUCUGACGGGUCUGCGGAUUCGUGA